AUGACACGCCUUCUCAGCCCGGCAAAGACAAACAUCUUCCUGCGUAUCACCAAGAAGCGAGAUGAUGGUUUCCAUGAGCUGGCGUCAGUGUUCCAGGCUCUCAGCCUUGGAGAUACUUUGAAAGUCUCAGUCUUGGAGUCGGGGGGGAAAGAUGUACUGCGGUGCAACGUGGACAGUGUUCCCCUGGACGAGUCGAACUUGAUCGUGAAGGCAUUUAACUUGUUCAGGAGACGAACGGGUCAAAACAAGUUCUUUGACUGUGAGAUCGACAAACGAACGCCCUUGGAAGGCGGUAUGGGAGGGGGCAGCAGCAACUGCGCUACAGCAUUAUGGGCUGCAAACGAGCUGUGCGGCAGUCCGGCUUCAACAAACCAGCUCAUCGAAUGGGGAGGCGAGCUCGGGAGCGACGUGGGAUUUUUCCUUUCAGAAGGCACAGCCUACUGCACUGGACGCGGAGAGAUUGUGGAGAACGUCUCGCCUCCUCUUCAAACGCCUCAAGGAGCUUUCUGGGUCGUCAAACCCCAAGAGGGUUGCCCCACUCCCCUGGUCUAUAAGACUCUGGGAUUGAAGCCUGGAGAAGCUCUUAAUGGUCCAGACCCAGUCGCACUGCGCGAGCGACUCGUCAGGGAAGGGCUCAGUCAGGAGGUUUGUGUCAACGAUCUUGAGCCACCCGCACAAAAGGUCAUCCUCCCCAAGCUGAGUCAGAUAAAGGAUGCACUGAAGAAAGACGGUUUCCACACUGUCUUGUUAUCUGGCAGCGGGGCGACGACUUAUGCCUUGCACUCGGUAUGUAGCUGCUGUUGA